GUUAGCGGUGUUAUAUAUCUUGUAGAUGGCUCAAAGUUCAAGUUUCUCUACCAUUGACAACAAAAAGGAAAAAGUUGUGGUUUGCAACUGUAACUUUGAAGCAAAGGUGCUUCAAGCUUGGACUGUUGACAACCCUGGAAGGAGGUUUUAUACCUGCGAAGGGCGUAGAGUUUCUAAUGGAUACCAAACCUGCAACUUCUUUCGAUGGUAUGAUGUUGAGAAGCCACACGGGUGGCAAUAUACUGCAUUGUUGGGUGCUAGAAAUGUUAUGCGCCAACAGAGAGAAGAGAUUAGUAACCUGCGAAACCAAGUAAGAGAACUUAGUCUUGAGAAUGUAAGAAUUGGCAGAGCAGUUAGGCUUGAGAAUGAAAGCAGUGGCCAAACUCCACCGGAUUCAGACCUCAACUGUGAAGCAUGUGAAGCGCUUAGAGGAGAAAUAUUGGUUCUAAACGAGAGGAGCAUGGUGUAUCGUAAUGUUCUUAUCACGUUGGCAGUUGGAUUUACUGUGGUUAUUUGUGUGUUCAUGGGUAUCUUGAAGUGGUAGAAGACUAUUGUUGUUAUUGUUAAGACUGGUUAAGCUUCUUUCAUGUUGUUAAGACUUUAUGUAAGCUUCUUUCAUGCUGCUAAGACAGUUUAGGUUAUGUAUUUGAUGUAGUUAAGACUUUUUCAGUUUAUGUAUUGUCUAUGUAAGCUUCUUUCAUGUUUUCUUAUUAAGAUUUAAGACUAUUUAGCUUUGUCUCAUGAUCAAAUACCCAUAUAUGACACUGAAAAUAAUAGAAAAACAAAAGACAAAGUUCAAAGGUGCUGAAGAAACUCCAAAUCAAGUUUUUAAACAACAAAAGACAAGCUCCAUAACAUUUUGAAGAAAUAAAGACAAACUACAUCAAGUCAUUGAACCAACAAAAGCAAAACAAAGACAUGAGAUCACUCUUGUGGAGGCUGUGGAUUAAGAUCAGACCUAUCAUACACUCGAUCUCCAAACACUUCAAAAGGACGAUUUGUGAAUGGACUCCAUAAAGUCCCAACACCAUGAGGAAUGUUGGCUGUCUUCCUUACCUUCAAAGGUCCUCGUGAAGGUUUCUUAGCAUGAGGCUUGGGGUUAGAUGAGGAUCCAGUGGCUUCUACAGGUUGAGAUGAUGAUCCAGUGGCGUGAACAGACUGAGAUGAUGAUUCAGUGGCGUGAACAGGCUGAGAAGAAGACCCAGUAUUUUGAGUUUUUCUUCUUCUUGUAGAUGGAGGCUUAGGAGUGCCAUGUGUAAAGAAAUGUGUUAGAUACAAUUAA